AUGGAUGAUCUUGAAUCCCUCGAGCUCUUCUCGCUGGUCUCGCGAGUGACCACCGAACUCACCAACCAUCUCGGAAUCAACGACAAAACCUUGGCCGAGUUCGUGAUCGAUCAACACCUCAAAUCCAAAUCGUUUGCGGAUUUCAAGAAUGAGCUUGAUGCGCUAGGUGCGGAGUUUCCGCCUAGUUUGAUCGAAGCGAUUGAUCGAAUGGUUGUUACCAUGCAUCCGAAAUAUAAGUCGAAGAGAGGAAUGGAUUCAGCGAGUCAUGGCGCGGAUGACGAUAUGGAAGCUUUGAAUGCUGUUGGGAAAAAGGCGAGGAUAUUCAAGGGACUAGCGAUACCGGAUAAAGUUCAGGCUUGGGAGGAUGAUGAGCCGGCACUUCCUAAGAAUCAAAAUGUUACGGAGGACGAUGCGCGAGCGGGUGCUAUGGACGAUACAUUUGCCAUGUUGGAGGGUCUUGCUGGGAAGUCAAGGGAGGACCAUCAUGAACCACCGCAAACUACAAAACCCAGCAGAAAACGCAGCAGAAGCCCGGACUACGGAGACUACGACUCUACGAGUUAUCGACGACAUAGAGAUAGGCGCAGGUCCGCCUCUCGAUCUCGCAGCCCCGAACAAAGAGAAAGACAUAGAAACGGUGUGGAUAGGGAUAGACACGAUAAAAAAGAAAGGAGAAAUGGCCAUCGAGAUAAACAUGAACGCCGGUCGAGACGUGAUCAGGAUGAUGAUGACUAUUUCCGUCGACCGCCGACUCCAGAAAUCGAUGAUCAACCUGUUCUUUACAAAACCUAUGAUGGUCGCGUUACAGGUGUUAAAGACUUUGGCGCAUUUGUGAAUUUACAAGGUGUCCGAGGGAAAGUGGACGGCCUUGUGCAUGUUUCGGCCAUGCAAGAAGGUGCCCGUGUCAACCAUCCUUCUGACCUCGUCUCGCGUGGUCAGCCAGUGAAGGUCAAGGUUGUCAGUAUACAGGGUACCAGGAUUGGACUUUCGAUGAAAGAGGUUGACCAGGUCACCGGCCGAGAUUUGAUCCCUGAAAAACGACUUGCUUCUGGCGCUAACAUGGAAAGACUACAUGGAAACGAUGCCAAGGACCGUUAUGGCAAUCUCGAUUCUGACGUCCCUGUUGUUGAAGGAGACUUCGGCAGAAAGUACAAAAAUAAAAAGAGGUUGACGUCUCCAGAGCGAUGGGAGAUCAAGCAACUCAUUGCCUCAGGAGCUGCGUCCGCAGCAGAUUAUCCGGAUAUCGACGAAGAGUAUCAUGCAACGUUGACCGGUGAAGGCGAAUUUGUGCAAGAAGAAGACAUUGAUAUUGAAGUGCGUGACGAGGAACCUCCUUUCCUUGCCGGUACCACGAAGAAGUCUCUUGAGCUCUCGCCGAUCCGUGUUGUCAAGGCGCCGGAUGGAUCAUUGAAUCGUGCUGCCAUGUCCGGUACCACCCUUAUAAAAGAACGGCGAGAGUUGAAGCAGCAAGAAGCAGCAGAGAAAGCCGCGGAACAAUCAGCCGACAUUGAUCUAGCUGCUCAGUGGCAAGAUCCGAUGGCUGACCCUGAUCAGCGUCAAUUCGCCUCAGAUUUGCGUAAAGCAAUAGAUCAUAAGCCAGAUGCUGCUGUCCCGGAAUGGAAGGCGGCAACUCAGGGAAGAAAUGUCUCAUUGGGGAAGCGUACAAAUCUCAGUAUCAAAGAGCAACGAGAAAGUCUACCAGUCUUUCAAUUCCGACAGCAACUACUUGAUGCUGUGCGAGAUAAUCAGUUAUUAAUUGUGGUUGGAGAGACUGGUUCUGGUAAAACGACACAGUUACCGCAGUAUCUUUUGGAAGCAGGAUACGGCAAUAAUGAGGAAGUGAACUGCAAACUUGGUGAGGAAAUCGGCUAUACCAUUCGUUUUGAAGAUUGCACCAGUCCGAAGACCCGGAUGAAAUACAUGACGGACGGAAUGUUACAGAGAGAGAUCCUGCUUGAUCCAGAUGUGAAACGCUACUCGUGCAUUAUCCUAGAUGAAGCUCAUGAGCGUACUAUCGCCACUGAUGUCUUAUUCGGGCUGUUGAAGAAAACUCUAAAACGGCGCCCGGACUUGAAGCUCAUUGUGACUUCUGCAACACUCGAUGCGGACAAAUUCUCGGAGUACUUCAAUGGAUGUCCUAUCUUCUCAAUCCCCGGUCGUACAUUUCCUGUCGAAGUUCUCUAUAGUAAAGAACCGGAAAGCGAUUAUAUGGCUGCAGCCCUCGAUACAGUCAUGCAAAUUCAUCUCACGGAACCUCCUGGCGAUAUUUUGGUUUUCCUGACAGGACAGGAGGAAAUCGACACGAGUUGUGAGGUCUUGUAUGAAAGAAUGAAAGCCCUGGGUCCCAGCGUUCCUGAGCUUUUGGUGCUACCCGUUUAUUCCUCAUUGCCGAGUGAAAUGCAAUCAAGGAUCUUUGAGCCGGCACCUCCAGGUGGGCGGAAGGUGGUCAUCGCUACCAAUAUUGCCGAAACGUCUAUCACGAUUGACGGGAUUUACUAUGUCGUUGACCCGGGAUUUUCGAAACAAGUUGCCUAUGAUCCGAAACUAGGUAUGGACUCCUUGGUUGUUACGCCUAUCUCCCAAGCUCAAGCGAAGCAACGAGCUGGACGAGCGGGAAGAACGGGUCCUGGUAAAUGCUUCAGACUGUACACCGAGGCGGCCUACGAGUCGGAAAUGCUUCCGACAUCUAUCCCCGAGAUUCAACGUACAAAUCUGGCACACACGAUCCUCAUGCUCAAAGCAAUGGGCAUCAACGACCUGUUAACGUUUGAUUUCAUGUCACCUCCGCCAGUUGCCACCAUGCUCAGUGCCAUGGAAGAGUUGUACGCGUUGUCGGCUCUCGACGACGAAGGUCUUUUGACACGUUUGGGCCGGAAAAUGGCAGAUUUCCCAAUGGAGCCUAGUCUAGCAAAAGUGCUCCUUGCUUCUGCCGAUAUGGGAUGUUCGGACGAAAUUUUGACUAUUGUUGCAAUGCUUUCAGUUCAGACAGUCUUUUACAGGCCCAAGGAGAAGCAACAACAAGCAGAUCAGAAGAAAUCUAAAUUUCAUGAUCCUCACGGUGAUCAUCUCACACUACUGAAUGUGUACAAUGCUUGGAAGCAAUCUAACUAUAAUAAUGCUUGGUGCUUUGAGAAUUUCAUACAGGCUCGAUCGAUGCGUCGUGCUCAAGAAGUUCGAAAGCAACUUGUCGGUAUCAUGGAUCGGUAUCGGCACAAGAUCAUAUCCUGCGGACGUGAUACAAGCAGAGUACGAUUGGCCCUUUGCACAGGAUUUUUCCGGAAUGCUGCCCGCAAGGAUCCUCAAGAAGGCUACAAGACACUUAUUGAAGGUACUCCCGUGAGCGUUCACCCAUCGUCAGCCUUGUUCGGAAAGGGCACGGAAUAUGUUAUCUACCAUACUCUGGUUCUUACGACGAAGGAGUUCAUGCAUUGCAUCUCAUCGAUCGAAGCUCAGUGGCUCGUGGAAGCAGCACCGACAUUUUUCAAGGUGGCGCCAACGGAUCGCCUCUCGAAACGCAAGAAAGCUGAACGUAUUCAACCUCUGCACAAUCGGUUUGCAGGCCAGGACGAUUGGCGCUUAUCAGCACAGCGAAAACAGGGCCGUGGAGGUGGCGGAGCCAUGUACUGGGCACCCGACAUCGCCGAUGCUGCCUUCACCGCAGCCCUCCUGACGCUUCUUCCAGCAGGMGCCAUCAUAUUGACCCCCAAGCGCUCCAUAAUUCGAUACAUCGCAAUAAUCUGUUGCGUGUUGCUUACUUCACGCUUCAUGCAACCCGUCGUCGGAUCAAGUACCAUUCGGACUAUCGGCUCGACUCAAUUGGUCCUAACCACGAUACAAGCGAUCAACGUUCUCAUUCUGAACCCCCUUGACAAAAAUGAUAUCGCGCAAGAGGUCCCCAAGGGCGCACGGUCUCGUUUCGCUCGGUUAUAUCAUGCUGCAGAAGCUGUGGUACAGCUGCGAGCUAUCAAUACUCCUCGUCAGAUAAAGAAUGUUCCUGCGUAUCCGAGUUACUACUCGACUCGCUUGCGUGAGGGUGCUAUUCCACGGGGCGCCUUUCUGCGCAGACAGAUUUUGAUAUUUAUCUGGCAGUAUCUAGCACUCGAUCUUCUGCAGACUGCAGCAAGACUUCAAGCAUCGCCACAGACUGGUGCAACGUCCGAUAUCACAUUCACCCAUGUGGAUUAUCAUGUACCGCUUGAGAAAUGGAUUGAGCGUAUGCUAAAGAAUUUGAUUAACUGGUUCUUACUAUCACGCAUCAUCAUCGACGCCAAUUAUCGUUUUUUGUCGAUUAUGUUUGUUGGAUUCGGCGGCGACUCUCCGGAUAAUUGGCCUCCACUGUUUGGAAGGAUGGCAGACGCUUACACGGUUCGGAAUUUCUGGGGCUUUCCAGCGGCUUUCUAUUCUCUCGUUCUUGAUACUUACAACGCAUUUAAUCCUAGGAAAUUUUGGCAUCAGCUCCUUCGGGGCCCAUUCACCGCUGUUACCAACUUUAUCGCCAGGGAUAUAUUGAAUCUUCCUCGCCCAUCGCUUCUGGAGAGAUACACGAAUAUUUUCUUGGUUUUCGGUAUCUCCGGCGUUCUGCACGUCUUGGUUGAUCAUCUUCAGGCGAUUCCGUCUGAAUACUCCGGUGCAAUGAUCAUGUUUCCCAUUACCGCCUUUGCAGUCAUGUUUGAAGAUGGUGUACAAGAGCUUUGGCGAAGACUCGCUCAUGAUGCCAAUMCCAGCGAGCCGCAAAAGAAGAUGACAUCCCCACCACUGUGGCACAGGAUCGUUGGUUAUCUCUGGACUAUGGCUUGGCUAGGUGUCGUUUCUGAAUGGUAUCUCCACCCCAUGACUCAAUUGCCACCAGAGCUCACGACGACUGUUCCUGUGAGCUUGGUUGGAAAGAUAGGAUUAGCCCCAAUCGGUGGCACUCUACUGGGCACUGGUUUGUUGCUGGCCUAUUUUCUGAAAGCUGAACUUUAA